GAUUACACAAGGUCAUAGUCGCUAUAGGGGAAUUAUUAUCCAUUGGCCAACAAAAUUAGUGACGUCAAGGCAGGAUGUUGGGAAUUCUGAAAGAACUAUUUACGCAAUAACAGCUUGUCUAUUUGAAAGAGGUGUUACUGUUGGUGGUUCGUAGUGUGUGUGUCCUAGUGACCCAUAACCCGCAGCUGCUAGGUAUCAGUUUUGAAGCCUCAUCGCCUAGGCACUUGCGGCCCAGGCCUGCGUGGGUGCUUGAUGGGUAAAGUUGACAGCAAAAGAGAGCCGGUUUAAGGCCGUGCUUGCAUGCUUAGACAGUGGGUGCACUACAAUGGAUACAAUGCAGAUACACUUCGCAUAUAUGAUUAUCAUAUGGUUACUAAGCUCAAGCGUAGUGCUCACACAAUUUCUUUCAACCAUAGCCGCUCUUAGAAGUCAGUGUCAUUGCAUGGAAUACUGGGAAUGCGUUGGAUCUGGUGGAAAACCAUAUUCUUAUUGCUCAUACAGCAGCAAAGUAUGCUGCUUCAUUGAUCCGAAUGCCGUGUCCAUAGGAAUCUUACCUAUUCAGAAGAAAUCUGAAAAUUGUGGAACCAAAGGUCCUCAUGAUGAGAGAGAUGGUUUUACAGAACCUGGAGAAUGGGCCUGGCAUGCUGCUAUUUUGGAAAAACCUCAAGACCUCUACGUAUGUGGAGCAUCAUUAGUCGAUGAAUAUUGGAUUCUUACGGCAGCUCAUUGUGUUGAUGAAUACACUUCUCCAAAUGUUUUAAAAGUUCGCCUUGGAGAACACGAUGUUUCUUCUACAUCAGAGCCUUACAAUUAUGAAGAGUUCGAUGUUAAAAGGAUUGUUGUGUACCCAACUUUUAAUAACCGAUCGCUGCUGCAUGAUAUUGCUCUCGUUCAACUAAAUAGACCAGCUAAACGGAGAGCUAAUGUAAAUGUGGUAUGCAUGCCUUCUGAAGGGACAACCAACAAUGAACUUAUUCUUUCUCACAAAUGUUUUGUUACUGGCUGGGGCAAGGAAAUCGGAAAUGAUGAACAUACAGUCGUUUUAAAAGAAGUGAAUGUACCGUUGUGGAGAAAUGAUGAUUGCGAACGAGCUCUGAGGUUUCAUUUUGGACCAAAUUAUAAAUUACCCGCAACUUCUCUUUGCGCAGGCGCAGAGGGUAGAGACGCCUGCGAUGGUGAUGGUGGUGGUCCUUUGACGUGUGAAAAGAAAGGGCGAUGGUAUCAAGUUGGAAUUGUUUCGUUCGGGAUAGGAUGUGGGCAACCAAACACUCCUGGAAUCUACACCAGAGUAGAAAGCUACAGCAACUGGAUACACAGAGUAGUUGCAACUACGUCUUUAUCAUUCUACGUCCAACAUAUUCUUUUCCUUCUCAAGGUAAGAGCUAUCCAUACGGAGCGAAAAACACUUUCUCCAAAUAACAAACCCUUUUUUUUACUAGUUUUAUUGUUUUUUUUCCAUUUGACUCUUGUCAACUGGAGGGGUGACGCCUUUUCUUUGAGUCUUCAGCAUUUUACACGCUCUGAGAGGCUGCCUGACCCCAUUCUUAAAUUUCAGACUGAUUCCUGUGUCAAAAGCAGCGAACUCAUCUUCAUAUGGGUGAGAGUAAGCCAAACUGUUAUCACUGAAAGAAUUAAAAGACCUGUCCAGGGAAAGUGUCGCAUCAAGCUUUCACCGGAUAAGAGAAAGUUGGAAAGGGGAAUCACUGUUCUUUUUCUCUGUGGUCUCAUUGAUUCCAAAGGAACAGAAGCUAAAAUUUAUGUAAUGCAGACUUCAAUUCUCAUUUCUUUCUUUCAACUACUAUGGAUGAAAACAGUGCUAUCAAAUAAUUUUGGAAUACCAUUUCAACUGUCUUAUGCACCGUCAACUAGAAUUGUAACUGAAGCAGAUCCUGCAAGUUCUGAAGACAAUAAAACAAUAAUAUUUCAGAAUUUUGUUCCCAGGCAAUUGAAUCGGGCAUACACUAUAGUUUAUCCUCUCACUUUUCCUCAGAAUAGAGGUGGCAGAUUCCUGAAUUUAACCCUUCCCUCAGCUCCACUUUUGAUAAAUGAAGUACAAUCUAGAGUCAUAAGUAAGCCAGAACCAUAUCCAAAAUUCGGAUUUUACUCUUCUUUCCCUGUUUUAAGGCAGGACUCAAUUGAAGAAAUUGUUCCACAAAAUAUCCCAGAGGAUAGCUACGAUGAUUCUUCAGAUCUAGCAGAUGAUAACAACAGUAUACAAAAAUUUGAGUUCCCACCUUUAUCAGAUCAGUAUGUCUCAAAAUCGAAUAUUCCCUUCCCUGCAUCUAAGGUGUAUACGAACGAAUCAAGUGACGAUACAACUUCAUCCGAUAACAAGCAAUCCAUUUCUAAAUUCCCGUCACUUGGAUAUGGCAAAUACCCACCUCUUGCACCUAAUCCACCACCAAGAGUUAAACCUGUCAGUCCUCAACAAGCUAUACGUCCACUAAAAGCACCUCUUAAACCAGUAACUCCUCAAUACUUAUUUCCUCAAUCGCCAGUAGUUCCAGUUAUCAAAUCAUCUGCACCUCCAGCUCCACAAAAAUCAAUUGCCUACAAACCUAGAGUGAAUAUAAAUACCGCUGUUCCUCCUCCUACCAAUAUUAAUAAGCAACCAAAAAAUAUUUCUCCACCACCUCCAGGGAAGGGCCAGAUAUUUCCACAGGAACUACCGAUUGAGCAUCCUUCAGGAAUAAAUCCACCUGUUGGAUAUUAUAAGAAACAGCCAAUACCACCAGCUGUUACAAGAGCCCCACAAUAUACAUCCUGCAUUUGUGUUCCUUACUAUUUAUGCAAAGACGGAGUUUUGAAUUCUGGUGGAAGGCUUCUAGAUGCUCGUAAACGACGAAUUAGAUCUCUGAAUUACAUCAGACAAAAUAAAAAUAUAACAGCAUUACCAUUUAAAUCGAAUAUUGUAAACUCGAAUCCUGUGGGACAAAACCGAGAUCAAGGAGUUUGCGAGCCAAACAAGGUUUGCUGUGAAAUUUAUUUUGAUAACAUUGAUGACACAGAUAAUAAUGAUAAUGUUUAUCCAGUGGCAACACCAUUACCAGAACUUCCUGUCUACCCACCACCCCCAAGAUAUCCCGCAAAACCUAGAGCACCAUAUUCUUGUGGUGUUCAGCGAGUUUCUGACAUGAUAUGGUCUAGACAAGCGCAAUAUCCAACUGAUACUGCUGAUUUCGGAGAAUAUCCAUGGCAGAUAGCUAUUUUGAGGAAAGUUGUUGGAGAUAAAAACCUCUAUCUUUGUGGUGGUGUUUUGGUAGCUCCGCAGUGGAUAGCUACUGUGGCACAUUGUGUCAGCAAGUAUGCCAAUUCACCUCUUCUUGUUCGACUCGGAGAAUGGGACGUUAAGAGAAAAGAUGAAAUUUAUCCAUACACUGAGAAAGAUGUGACUACUAUGGUUGUUCAUCCAGACUUUGAUCCUGAAACCCUACAAGGUGACCUGGCAUUGCUUCGCUUGACGGAACCCGUUGAUAGAUUACCUCACAUUAAUCCAGCUUGCCUACCAACGCCCGGACAAGUAUAUGAUGAUCAAAAAUGUUGGGUUUCAGGAUGGGGUAAAAAUUUCUUUGGGUCACAAGGAGAGUAUCAGAAUGUCUUAAAAGAAGUUGAUAUUCCCGUCAUCAGCCGAUCACUUUGCAGUUCACAAUUAAGAAGUACUAAUCUUGGACCUGAUUUCGUUUUGCACCCAGGAUUUCUUUGCGCUGGCGGAGAAGUCGGAAAAGAUGCUUGCACGGGAGACGGUGGUAGUCCUCUAGUGUGCAAAAGUAAAGGAUUGUGGUACGUUGUGGGAUUGGUUUCAUGGGGUAUUGGAUGUGGCCAAGCUGGUGUACCUGGCGUAUAUGUUAAUGUACUAUAUUACUCCGACUGGAUUAAUAAAGUAAUUCGAAAUAGUUAAGGAUGGAGGAAUGAUACUUCAAGGCGACAUACUGUUUGUGAUUUUAUAUUUUUACUCAUGUUACCUACCACCAUUUUGUAAAUAGUUAUCCAAAAUAGUGUUAUUUUUUUGACAGUUUGCAUACUUGUAAAUUUUCUUUGAACAUAAAUAAAACAUUUUUUCAUGCAAU